GACCACCAGGGUGCAUAAUAACGCAGUAUAAUAGCCUCUCUCCUUAAAAAUAAUCUUACGAUCAUACAAGUGACAGUCAAGUCAAGCAACCUAUGUUAUUGCGACAAGUGGAGAGUGGAGGGCCCUGCGGUUACAACUUCAGAGCCAGAGAUUUUGAGGCUGAUUGGUGCUUUAAGCAGGAAGAAAUUUCAAAGGUGGAAAGAUGCCGGAGAAAACAAAUGAAAAUAAGAAGAUUACUAACCUGCGUAACGGUAUAGGAACAGACAUUGUGUUCACAUUCGGCUCUAUUGAGAAUGAAAUGAAACUAUUCGGGAACAAAAGUGUCCUGCAGGAAAAAAGCAAAAUCCUUGGACAACAGAUUUCCAGUUCCAAAGAAGAGGAAAUCAAAAUUGAGGACACCAAUAUCACAAUUUUUCGUAUGAUUUUGGAGUACUGUCACACUGGCGAGAUUCCUACCGAAGUUGGAAACCUGAGUGACUGCAUUGAACUAGCUGCCGCUGCUAAAAAGUUUGGUUUGCAGGAACUUGCAGAGGAGACUGCCAAUAAGCUAGUCACUAAGCAGGACUUUCAAUUUGAGCAAAAUGUUUGGAAGAUUUUUAGCAAUCACCUUGACAAUAAAUAUCUUCACUCUGCUUGCACAAAGUUGUUGGUAAAAAAUACAGAAUCCCUUCUGGCACGUACUCAAGACUUUUUAAGCAUUGACGUUAAAGCUCUGCAAACAUUCUUGGGUUUUGAUGAGAUGAACAUUAACUCUGAAAUAUCCUUGGUCAAGGCGUGUUUCCAAUACGCAAAGGGAAGAUAUGAUGAGAAUCAACCGGAGCAGGCUAAGGAGUUUUUCCGCAACAAUAUUCUUAAGGAACUCCGUCUGCUGACAGUAAAGACGCAGGAUCUGAAAGAAAUCGCCCACUGGCUGAACAUGGAUGAGAAGAAGUUCUUGAUUCACAAACAACACCAAUAUGUCCGCUUCCUGUCUAAACAAGCCAUCUUCCCAGAAGGGACCCUUAAUCCAAAUUCAACGCCGAGGAAGUCUGAGCCAAAGUGUCUAAUGCUGGGGCCCUUCAAGGAUGCCAAAGAUGUUAUAGCGAGAGCAGAUUACAAAAGUUUUACCAAUGCACAAUUCAAGAAUGUUUUUUCUUUUGUCGCCAAUGAGUGCGUUGAGAUCAAGGACUUUGAGAUCUUCUGUCCCUUGGACGAGAGCAUGGUCGACAUUGUGGGCAAAUCAUCUGAUGAACCAGAAAAUGGAUUGCAGGUAAAGAUUCAUCAGGUUUCGUUUGAGAUAGGGAACAAGAUGGAAAAUUUGAAAGUCCGUGCCAUAGUUCAGCACAGAGGCUGCGAAAUGCUCAACAAGGAGAUUUCAAUAACGCCACGCGAGAGGUAAAACAUUAAUAUUCCUGGAUUA